UGAAAAUAAAGCGUUCGUUACUCUUUGAAUAUUUCAUAAAUUUGCAAAAUCGUUUUAUUUUAAUGCUAGUACGUUCUUUAGAUAUGUUCAUAAAUAUUUGAUGUCCCAUCAUGAGUGAUAGUAUGAAAGAAGAUAGUUGUCAAGUAGAGUCAUCAUCUGCUUCACUUUCAGCAGACAUGUCAAUGUUAGAUGAACUCUUCCCAAGUCUUGGUAAUGGAGAAUCAUCUGGAAGCCACUUAACCAACCAGCUGGCAAUUCUUCUUCAAAACCUAGGUUCCAGUGAUGAUGAGAGUUCUAAUGGACCAAACUUGUAUAAUCCUCUACAGCUGUCUCCACCCAGACUUAAUGAAAUACAUGCCCUCGCAACUGCAAAUCUCAUCUCUCAAACACAAGAAGCUAUCAUGCAGGAAUAUAAUAUCACUGACUUUGAUUUUGACAAGUGCACUUACUCAAAUAACCAGAAAAAUCCUGAAUCCUCUAGUAAUGUAGAUGAAACACAUGAUUUGGGUGGUAAUAUUCUGGGAAAUGUAUCUCACAAUAUAAAUAGUAUUCCAUGUAGUGUAUUGGAUACCUUUUCAGACAAAACAAGACAGGGUUGUGAAAUAAGUAAUCAUACCUCAAGCAUUUCUUAUAAUGAUGAUGCUAAUUAUACUACCCUUUUAAAUGUUAAAAUUCCUAAAGAAGAUAUAGACUUAAGUUUAACUAAAGUAAAGUCAAAGACUUGUGAAACAAAUAAUAGCAUUGAAAGUGAAAAAACUGAAGUUUUUAAACAAGUCAGUGAGCCAUGUUUUAAAUCAACAAAUAUUUCUGAACUAGAAUUGGAGACUCAGUCAGCAGUUAAAAACAUUUUAGAUACACCCUGUCCAUUACAAAAAGAUAGUGUUAUAAAUAGUUUAUCAACAAAUGAAGAACUAAAUACCAGAAUCAGUAGACCUGGAUAUAUUGGAAUAAAAAAGUGUCCUCAAGACCAUCUUUUAGGGGAUACACUAGGAGAUUCAGAGUCCUUUUCAAACAAAUGGGUCGAGCAAACACAACAGAGCACAGAUUUAAAAAGGAAGCAUGACUUGAUAAAUUAUAUGCUGCCCCCAAAGAAAAGACAUGUAGAGUGUAAUACAGCAUCUAUGACACUGAAUGGAAGCCAGUCUCAGGAUGAAAAUAGGAAUAUUCAUUACAACAAUACUUCACACAAUGAAACAAAUGUUAGAAGUGAAGGGUAUAUACCUGGGAAUAGGAAUAUAAGUAAAGAAAAUGAAAAAGAGAAGCCUAUACUGUAUGUGUGUGUGAUGUGUAUGAAACAGUUCAGUAAUGUAGAUAAACUAGAGGUACACUCUACCAAUCAUCAGCAUUACAGCUGUCCUGUCCCUGAUUGUGUGAGAACAUUCACUUACAGAAGUCAUCUUAGUUACCACAAACAAACACAUGAAGGACAGAAGAAUCACCAGUGUUCAGAAUGUGGUAAAGUGUUUUCAAAAGCUCAACAUUUAGAUAAGCAUGUGAUGACGCACAAGGAGAUCAAACCAUUUACCUGUAGUGUCUGUAAUAAAAGUUUUAUUACAGCUGGUAACCUCAAAAAUCAUUCCAGAACUCAUUCAGGAGAGCGACCAUAUGCUUGUGAUGUAAAGGAUUGUACAAAAACAUUUGCAGAGCUGUCAAGUCUUAAGAAGCACAAAGUUAUACAUACAGGUGAGAAGAGCUUCAGAUGUGAUUUGUGUGGAAAAAGUUUUACACAGGCCAGUAGCCGGAAUUAUCACAUGAAAAAACAUAAAGAGAAAACAUAAUUGACAGUGAUUAUAUAUCCAAUUUGUUAAAGUGUUAUUUUUUUAUAUCACAUGUAUUGUACUCUUAAAGCUGGCUUUAACUUGGGCAUUCUCUAUACCAAAUAUGCAGAGAGGGUUGUUAUCUUCUAAUAAGAAAUUUUCCAAAGUAGUAAGUUUAUUCUUGAAUAUUUCAUUUGAAGAACCUGUUAACCAAAUACACAUUCUCAUUUUCCACUGUCAAGUUGAUCAGAGUCAGCUAUUUAUUUCAAAAGGUUGAUUAAUAUUAUUAUGCCCCCAUUUCGAAGAAAAGGGGGUAUAUUGCUUUGCACUUGUCGGUCCGUCGGUCCGUCGGUCCGUUGGUCCGUCGGUCCGUCGGUCCGUAGACCAAAUGGUUUCCGAGUGAUAACUAAAGAACCCUUAGGCCCAGGAACUUCAAACUUGGUAUGGUGAUUGGUCAUGACCAGUAGAUGACCCCUAUUGAUUUUGGGGUCAAGGGGUCAAAGGUCAAGGUCACAUUGACCUUGUAAGCAAAAAUGGUUUCCGAUCAAUAACUACAGAACCUUAAGGCCUAGGAACUUCAAACUUGGUAUGGUGAUUGGUCAUGAUCAGUAGAUGACCCCUUUUGAUUUUGGAGUCAAGGGGUCAAAGGUCAAGGUCACAUUGACCUUGUGAGCAAAAACGGUUUCCGAUCAAUAACUAAAGAACCUUAAGGCCUAGAAACUUCAAACUUGGUAUGGUGAUUGGUCAUGAUCAGUAGAUGACCCCUAUUGAUUUUGGGGUCAAGGGGUCAAAGGUCAAGGUCACAUUGACCUCGUGAGCAAAAACGGUUUCCGAUCAAUAACUAAAGAACCUUAAGGCCUAGGAACUUCAAACUUGGUAUGGUGAUUGGUCAUGAUCAGUAGAUGACCCCUAUUGAUUUUUGGGUCAAGAGGUCAAAGGUCAAGGUCUCAUUGACCUUGUAAGCAAAAACAGUUUCUGAUCAAUAACUAAAGAACUUUAAGGCCUAGGAACUUCAAACUUGGUAUGGUGAUUGGUCAUGAUCAGUAGAUGACCCCUAUUGAUUUUGGGGUCAAGAGGUCAAAGGUCAAGGUCACAUUGACCUCUUGGGUAAAAACGGUUUUUGAUCAAUAACAAAAGAACCCUUAGGCCUAGGAACUUCAAACUUGGUAUGGUGAUUGGUUAUGACCAGCAGAUGACCCCUAUUGAUUUCGGGGUUAAGGCGUCAAAGGUCAAGGUCACAUUGACCUUGUAGGUAAAAACGGUUUCCGAUCAAUAACGAAAAACCCUUAGGCCUAGGGACUUCAAACUUGAUAUGG